AUGGCGAGUCCGGCACACUGCUUCUAUUGCUUCGAGUGCCUUGACGCCAGCUAUCGGCGACAAGAACCUCCCAAGCUUGAUUCGUAUCUAGACCUGUAUGACGCCUUUCUGGAUCGAAACGUCUCUGGCGAGCGUGACGAUACCGAGAAUCCCGAUCUAGAGGACGUCGACGUGCAAGAAGGCGAGUCAGCUGCGGCUGCUGACGCAAACUCGAGGCCUCAAGACGCGCAGUUGGACAGAGCGAGGCCUACCCUACCGAGCAUAUCGAGAUUGCAAGCCUCCAAAUCGUCCUCACGAAGUUCAUCGGCGUCCUCUCCGUCUACAAUAUCAGCUGAGUCGUCUUCAACACAAGCCUCGAAUUCGACAUCUGCAACCAGUCUACAGCCAUCAUAUGCGUCUCGGUUGUCCGUCACUGAGUCUUUCCCACUGUUUGUCACAUGGAACACACUGUCACGGUCUGGACACAAAUCUCUGCGUGGCUGCAUAGGAACCUUCGAGGGCCUUCCGCUGUCAGCAGGUCUACAGUCAUACUCAUUGACCUCCGCCUUCGACGACACCCGCUUCUCUCCAAUUCCAGCCUCACUGCUGCCAUCCCUGUCUUGUUCGUUGACACUCUUGGCCGACUUUGAACCAUGUGUGGACGCCAUGGACUGGGACCUGGGCACUCACGGGAUCCGCAUUAGCUUCAACUAUCGCAACAGAAGACACGGCGCUACGUACCUGCCAGAUGUCGCCAUCGAGCAAGGCUGGACAAAGGAAGAGACCAUUGAGAGUCUGAUGAGAAAGGCAGGAUGGGACGGAGGCUACAGCGGAGUUGCAAAACGUCUGGUCAGAGGUGCAUCGCGUGGGUCUGAAGCAUCAGCAUCGAGACCAUGGGAAGACGUCAAUGACUUCAAGACUGUCAGAUACACUGGAUUGAAGCUACUCCGCCUCCAGUCGAAAAGCAUUCGACCCUCGAGACGGAACUUCUCCUCGACAGCUGCCCAAUCCUCAGCAUGGGCGGCCGCGGUGUCCAAAAUCCAGAACACAGUAUCAGACAUCCUCCCUAAUCGACCGCCGUCGAUAGGCAACAGCAAUGUGACAAUAGACCCGUUGAAGCUUGUGGCCAGGGAGCUCAAGUUCCUCAACAAGAACAUCCGGGCUCUAUUAGGGUCCGGCCACCCUCUACUCGACACCGUCGCAAAGUACUACACACAGUCCGAAGGGAAACAUGUGAGACCUUUACUGGUUCUUCUCAUGUCCCAAGCCACUGCGUCCGCAGCCAAAUCUGCCCGCGACCUGCCCAACCCAACACCCACCACGACCUCCAUCAACACGCCCAUUACCCAUUCCGCAUCUGUCCUCUUCGAUAGCAAUCCGGAUCAACCCGCCUCCAACCUGCUCUCAAAUCUUACCUCGUCGGACCUACCCGAGGACUCCGAUGCAAACGUCCUUCCCUCCCAAAGACGCCUCGCCGAAAUCGUCGAGCUGAUCCACACUGCCUCCCUCCUGCACGACGACGUGAUCGAUACAUCAACUACGCGUCGGAGUGCGCCUUCCGCCAACGUUGAAUUCGGCAACAAAAUGGCCGUCCUAGCCGGCGACUUCCUUCUAGGCCGCGCCUCCGUGGCUCUCGCCCGCCUGCGCGAUCCAGAAGUCGUGGAGCUGUUGGCUACUGUGAUCGCGAACCUGGUGGAGGGAGAAUUCAUGCAGCUGAAGAACACGGCCACAAACGAGGCGAAUCCAAGGUGGAGCGAGGACGCUUUGACAUACUACCUCCAGAAGACAUAUCUCAAGAGCGCGAGCUUGAUCAGCAAGAGCUGUCGGGCGGCCGCGCUGUUGGGAGAGUGUGCGCCGCAUGUCGUGGAGGCAGCAUACGCGUAUGGGAGAAAUCUGGGAAUGGCGUUUCAGCUGGUGGAUGACAUGCUGGACUAUACAGCGGUCAGUGGGGAGCAGUUGGGAAAGCCGGCGGGAGCGGAUUUGGAGCUAGGAUUAGCGACUGCGCCGUUAUUGUUUGCGUGGGAGCUGAGACCGGAGCUAGGUGUGCUGGUGGGAAGGAGAUUCGGUGGAGAGGGCGAUGUUUCUAAGGCACGUGAAAUUGUACGGCAGACAGACGGAAUCGAGCGGACGAGGUCACUGGCACAAAUGCAUGCCGACAAAGCAGUCGAGAGCAUCAAGGACUUCCCAGAGGGCGAGGCCAAGAAGGGACUGCAAGAGAUGGUUGUCAAGGUUAUGAACAGGCGGAAGUGA